AUGAAAAGGGUUAACUUUCACCCAUCGGUUGUCACAGGCUACAUAGAAUCGGCAUGGCAGAACAGAGAGGAAUUGGACGCUUAUCAUGAAGAAUUGAAUUUGCAGUAUCCAGACAUUUCAACAGAAGAAAGGAGUGAAAGAAGAAAUGAGAACUACAGGAAAGCAAUACAACGUGCUCUCAACAAUGAAUCGUAUGAUAAGUUCUUUAUGGACUAUCCUUCCGGACUAUGUUACUUACCGUCCUAUGUGGACUGUGACUGUGAUUUAGGACUUGAAGUAUAUGCAAUACGUAAGAAGAUCAGUUUAGAACUAUCGACAGCCCCACCUGUGUUCUCCCACAUACAUCCAUUUGAUGAAAACUUGACAUUUUAUUUCAACAGUUAUCUAAACAGAUCAAUGGACGUAAGACCUAUUAAUAGUAAAAAAAUCAAACACGGAAAAAUAAAAUCCUUACCUUCUACAAGAAGAAAUGUUUUUUACAUGCCCUUCGAGUUAGAAAGAAGACUUUGGGUCUACAGGAUAGUGCAAUUUCGGGAUUGGAAGCUAUCACAUUCAAAAAAUAAUACUGAUUUACCACCAGAUGACAAUGAUGUUGGUAUCUGUAAAUACUCAUACUUCUAUGAUCAGAAAGCAUAUCCCUCUAGAUGUAUAGAAGAUCCUAUGAAGUACUUCAAGUAUUAG